AUGGUAAGCGAUGGAAAAUGUGAUGUUGACGGCUCAGAUUACUGUGGAAAGAUCGACAGCUUGGAGCACCUAUUCUGGUGGCAGAAGGCAUGCAUCUAUCAAGUGCUUGUUCAAAGUUUCCAAGACACCAAUGGUGAUGGCAAGGGCGAUCUUCUCGGCAUAGUUGCGCGUCUUGACUAUUUCAUCGCGCUAGGGGUCGAUGCUAUUUGGAUAUCUCCUAUCUAUGAAUCGCCCAUGCAUGAUAUGGGUGAUUAUCGUAAGAUAAACCGGAUAUUUGGGACGCUAGAAGAUUUCGAACUGUUGGUUAAAGAAGCUCACAAUCGAGAUUUGAGAAUUAUCCUCGACAUUGCUCUCAAUCACACUUCGUCGGCGCAUAAGUGGUUUCAAGAGUCUAGAAAAUCGCGCAAGAAUCCGGGAUUGGGAAAAGGGAAUUGGUAUUUUUGGAAUCCAGGAAAACUUGAUGAGAAUGGGGAUCGACUCCCACCAAACAACUGGGAGAGUACAUUCACUGGCUCAGCUUGGGAAUUUGAUGAGAUGGCUGGCGAAUUCUAUUUGCACAUAUUUGGAAGAAAUCAACCAGAUCUCAACUGGGACUGUGAGGAUGUCCGACAAGAAUUGUAUAGCGUGCUGAGAUUUUGGCUAGAUAAGGGUGUUGACGGCUUUCGAUUGGACACAAUGAAUCUCGUCUCGAAAACAUCCGAGUUCCCCGAUGCGCCUAUAUCCAAGAGUGAUUGUCCUUGGCAGCCAGCAAAUCAUCUUUUUGCCAACGGCCCCCAUAUUCAUGAAUAUUUGCAGGAAAUGUACGAACAGGUUUUUGCACAUUAUGAUUGUGUAACACUGGCUGAGAUGUCCUGUGGUGUCACACCCCUGGAUGCGUUCCAGCAUGUGGAACUGGACUGCCAAGACGGAAAUAAGUGGAUGCUGAGAGAAUGGGAACUUCCCGAGCUCAAACGCGUCAUUGAGGAAUGGCAGGAAACUCUAGUGAGCAAUGGCGGCUGGAACACAGUUUGGAUGGAGAACCACGAUCAGCCGAGAGGUAUAUCCCGAUUUACUACAAAUAGUCCUCGCUUUCGAGCACUCUGUGCAAAACUUCUGGCUUUGUGGCAAUUCACCUUGCAAGGUACCAAUCUCAUUUUCCAGGGUCAAGAGCUGGGUUUGGUUAAUCCCAAUAUCUUCCGUGAGGAUAUGAACCAGGAUAUUGAGACGAUUCAGUACUGGAAUGCAGCAUGCGAGGACGCUAGUGCAGGCGCAUCCCAUAAACUUGAGCUUGCAAAGAAAGCCAUUGUUAUGAAAGGUCGAGACAACACCCGCAUUCCUUUUCCGUGGACAGAUGACCCACACGGGGGAUUCUGCUCGCCCACCGCACAGCCAUGGAUCCCAGCUCUUGACCCGGACAGUGAAUGGUGCGGCGCCAACCAGCAACGAUGUCCAGAGUCCGUAUGGUCCUUUUAUCGGUCCAUCAUCAAGAUGCGAAGAGCGCAUCCUACCUUGUAUUAUGGGUCAUUUCAAAGUCUAGACAUCGAUAAUCCACUUGUCUGGGCCUACAAACGGAGGUCCAAGCACGCCUGCUACUUGACCGUGCUCAACUUCAGCCCCGGGGCAACAUCUUGGCGAUAUGUGGAUCACGGAAUUGUUCUCUCAUGCUCGACGAUGCUCAUCUCCAAUCACCAAACAUGUGAGGCCAAAUCAACACCGAAUGAGAUCCUUCUGCGGCCGUUUGAGGGUCGGCUGUAUCAGCUUGCGGCAGAAGCGCACCCGAAUUUUUGA